CUCCUCGGCUUCACGGACGCGCCGCCUCUCUGGAACUUCUCUCACUCUCCUCUGAGACGACGGCGAGAAGCGUUGCUGGCGCCGAUGCUUGACUCCGGCUCAUGAAGCUGCGUGUCGCGGAUGUUGAGGAGAGGAAGCACCUGACAGGGAGCAGCCGUCUGUCAGCGCCUCCGCCGCCGGUGCACCGCGGCGCUGCCGCCCGCUCCUCCGCACUUUCUUGUCCGCAUUCUCCGGAGUACCAGAGCCCGUCCUCUUCUCCGAACCGGCUCCGGAUCUCAACAAGCGACAGCCCAAAGUGCUGCAUUUGUGCCAAGAAGAUAACCAGUCAGAGACCACAGAGAGAGCGGGUGGCCCCGGUUCUAAGAAGACUGUCGCUGUUGUUGCAUCUCCUGCUGUCGCCGUUACUUCACACCCGGACUCCCCCAUCCCUCCUCCCCUCUCUCCAUCGCUGGGCGGCCACAGAGGCGUUGGCUCGAUUUCUGUGAGACUGUGAUCCUGCAGCUCCGUCCAUCACGUCUUCACCGCUGGCUACAGGACGGCCCUCGUGGCCGGGAUGCCACUGUGUGCCAUGCCAGUCCAACGUGGAGGGUGAGGGGCAGGAGGAGGGGACUGAGUGCCGGAGACUCAGAGGUGGAAGCCCACACCAGCCUGGAGAGAUGAACCUCUGUUGGAAUGAGAUCAAACGCAAGUCUCACAAUAUCCGCAGGGUGCGACUCGAGGCCUUCUCGGACAACAGCGGGAAGCUUCAGCUUUCUCUUCAGGAAAUCAUAGAAUGGCUGACAGCGAAAGACGAGGAGCUCUCGGAGCAGCUGCCCAUAGGUGGAGACGUCGGUGCCGUCCAGCAUCAGAGGGAGUUCCACCAGGCCUUCAUGGAGGACGUCAAGUCUCGUGGGCCCUUCAUCUACUCUGUGUUGGAGUCAGCACAAGCCUUCCUGGCUCAGCAUCCCUUCCAGGAACCGGAGGAGACGCUGGCCGAUGGGAAAGAGGUCUCACCCCGACGGCGAAUCCUGAACGUAAGCCGCUCUGUAUGGAAGCAGGCGAAUGUGACCAGUGACCUGUGGGAGAAGCUGACGGCGCGCUGUGUGGAUCGACAAAGGCACAUGGAGAGGACUCUGGAGCGUCUGCUUCAGAUCCAAGCAGCGAUGGAGGAGCUGGCGGUGGCCCUGGAGCAGGCGGAGGGGGUGAGAGACGCGUGGGAGCCCGUGGGAGAUCUCUUCAUUGACUCGCUGCAGGACCAUAUAGAUGCCACGAAGCUAUUUAAAGAGGAGUUGACCCAAGUGAAGGAAGGCAUGAAGCAUAUCAACGAUCUGGCUCACCAGCUGGCUAUCUCUGAUGUCCACUUGUCCAUGGAUAACGCUCGAGCCCUGGAACACCUCAAUAACAGAUGGAAAGUGCUUCAGGGAUCUAUAGAGGAACGACUAAGACAGCUCCAAGAUGCACAUCGUGACUUCGGACCAGGAUCGCAGCACUUUCUCUCUAGUUCUGUGCAGAUACCAUGGGAACGAGCCAUAUCCCCAAACAAAGUGCCCUACUACAUCAACCAUCAGGCCCAGACCACGUGCUGGGACCAUCCAAAGAUGACAGAGCUGUACCAAGCACUGGCGGACCUGAACAACAUCAAGUUCUCGGCAUACAGGACAGCGAUGAAGCUGCGUCGGGUACAGAAGGCUCUCAGAUUGGAUUUGGUGGCGCUGAGCAACCUCGUGGAGGUGUUUCGGGAGCAGGACCUGCAGCAGGCGGAGCAUGUGAUGGACGUGGUGGAGGUGAUCCACGGGCUCACAGCACUGUACGAACGACUGGAGGAGGAAAGACCCAUCUUGGUCAACAUCCCACUGUGUGUGGACAUGUGUCUCAACUGGCUGCUCAACGUCUACGACAGCGCCCGGAAUGGUAAAAUGCGCGUCCUCAGCUUCAAGAUGGGCCUGGUGAGUUUGUGCAACGCAGACGUCCAGGAGAAGUAUAAAUAUUUGUUCCGACAAGCGUCUGGACCAGGAGGGUUGACGGACCAGCGGCACCUCAGCCUGUUGCUUCAUGAAGCCAUCCAAAUCCCUCGACAGCUGGGCGAAGUGGCUGCCUUCGGUGGCAGCAACGUGGAGCCCAGCGUACGGAGCUGCUUCCGCAUGGCUCCGGGGAAACCUGCCAUCGAGGUGUCCCACUUCCUGGAGUGGAUGAGCUUGGAGCCGCAGUCCAUGGUGUGGCUCCCAGUCCUCCACCGAGUCACCGCCGCCGAGUCCACCAAGCACCAGGCCAAGUGUUACAUCUGUAAACAAUUCCCCAUCAAGGGAUUUAGGUAUCGCAGUUUGAAGCAGUUCAACGUCGACAUCUGCCAGACGUGUUUUUUAACCGGCCGCACCACCAAAGGGAAGAAGCUGCACUACCCCAUAAUGGAGUACUACACGCCGACGACCUCCGGAGAGAAGAUGAGAGACUUUGCCAAGACUCUGAAGAACAAGUUCCGGUCAAAACAGUACUUCACCAAGCACCCUCAGAGAGGAUACCUGCCGGUGCAAUCUGUGCUGGAGGCGGAGAGCGCCGAGACACCGUGCUCCUCGCCCAGGCUGCCGCACGCAGACACACACAGCAGGAUCGAACACUACGCCAGCAGGUUGGCGGAGAUGGAGAGCCAGAACUGUUCCUUCUUCACAGAUAGCCUGUCUCCAGAUGAAAGCCUGGAUGAAGAUCAGUACCUCCUGCGUCACUCCAGCCCAGCCCUCGACCAGGACUCGCCCUGUGGUCAACACAUGUUGCUGGUCCAUCUGGAGCACCAGGACAAGGAGCAGCUGCAACGCACCCUGGCUCGCCUGGAAAACGAAAACAGGGUGCUGCAAGGAGAGUACAGGAGGCUUAAGUGGAAGCACGAGGAGGCGGCGUCAGUGCCCAUGCUGACGGAAGCCGGAGAAGGAGGGCCGGGUUCGCCGGUGGGGCCGCAGGACGAGGAGCUGCUGGCGGAGGCGCGGGUCCUUCGGCAGCACAAGACCCGGCUGGAGACUCGCAUGCAGAUUUUAGAGGACCACAACAAACAGCUGGAGUCACAACUGCGCAGACUCAGAGAGCUGCUUCUACAGCCCAAAGAUGAUUCCGAAGCCAAUGGAUCAGAACCUUCGACCUUAUCCUCUCCAGUAUCUGGAGGGGGUCACCAUGGGGAGCCAGUCAGCCGAGAGACCACUGACACAGAGACAGCAGGAGACGACAUGGAGCACGAGCAGGACACGGUGCUGCAGCUCCAGGAAGUCAUCGAGCAGCUCCGCAACGUCUUCCCCUCGGAACCGGGCGCCACCUCACACAUCUAACCCGAGCAGACCUGGGGCAGAUCCUAAACAGCGAGCCUGAUGUCAUAGCAGGAAACUCCUCAAGUCUCAAGCCGGUUCACAACACAUGGGCCUUGUUCUGACGCGCGCAGCAGCGCCGACACCAGGAGCCUAUCUUCCGCUCAAACUGCACUAAAAAGCCUUUUUUUUUCAUGCAAACAGCUGAAGGCUCACGACCGCAGCCCGGCAUGGCCCAAAAGAGCCAAAGUACAGUAACAUUUGCAGCGACGUAGAGAAGCGGGAGCCGAGACACUGUGUCACUUCAGAGGUGAGAAGCUUUACAACAGUCUACAGCACAAAUGGCCCGUUCUGGGAGGAACUCUGGGAGAGAGAGGAGAAAGUUCGUGUUGUCUUUGCUCAUGUUUGAGUCUCACUCCGUCAUGUUGGCGCCCACCAAAAGUGUAUUUACGUUCCCGGGAAUCAUUUGUCAGGUUCAUUUUCAGACAGCCAAAGUGCCCACAAUGCAUCUCUCUAAUCCUCCCCCCCAAAGUGCGCAUCACGCUCCACUGCACACACUCAUCACACUCCUGCACACGUCUGCUGCACACGGCCCUGACACCCUCAUCCUUCAUUACGGACAAGAGCACGAACUGCUCACCGCCAGAUCGAUAUCGUGUGUAGCGUAGAUACACGCUAAGUACAUGUCCGUUACCUGUCUGACGCUCGCAGGAAUGAGACCGCAGCCUUUUUAUUUAUGAAUGACACCAGGUCCCGUUUAUUUUGGGAGGAAAUAGAGGCUCUGUGGAAGAAAAAGCUGUCGACUGGUCUUCAAUUUCAGCGUCCCUCUGCUCAUGCUGCGACCAGGCUGGCGUUUGUUUUUCUUCUGUGUUCAUGAAAAUACGGCAACAAUCCAGCGACAACUAUCAUGGAACUCAUGGGACCAUUGAAUAACUUUCCAAAUAACAAUAUUUUAAAUGACGUUUUCCUGCAGUUUUUUGUCAAACUAUUAACUCUAUCUAUUUUGACACACCUUCCGUGGGAGAGGUGGAGUCCAGGGUCUGCGCUGUCUCUUGGCCUGAGGUGACUCUGGACUACCAUAUGAUGGUGGUUUGACAAAAGCACCGGAGAAUCACAUUUUUGAAGUGCGCUCAAGUAUGGUAGCACUGCAUAUGUAGGAGGAGCAGGAUGGUGGAUCUGUGGACCCACUAGUCGUCCACUGUAAGGUCUUGAACUCACCCAUUUUUACGGACACAAUCUCUCGUCAGGGUCUUCAGUCUGGUGGCUACUGGAGUUCAUCAUUACUUUUGCUGAUGAUGUGUUGCUGUGGCCAUUUUCACACCUGGACCAUCAGUUCCAACCUUGACGCCUGUCUUCUUUAAAUCAAAGAUCAUGUUCCUCAGUUGGAAAAGUGUGGCUUUACAGGUUGAGAAGAGAUCCAGGUAGAAUGGUCCAAGUAUUUUGGGGUCUCCAGUGAGGUCUUCACCGUUGUAGCACUGGCAGUCAUGAGAAUUUACUCUGCCAUGGUGAAGACAGAGCUGAGCUGAAAGGCAAGACUUAGGGCCAUGGAUAGAAGCCGCUGAAUGUUUUGUCUCAGUUGCAUCUCAUCCAGGGUUGAGCCUUUCAGGAGAGACUCAAAGUGGAGCAGCCAUGAUGGCGGCCAGAUUGUAUCUCUCUCUCAAAUCAUCUUGUCUUGGAUACAGAUGGGUGAGAGCAGUCUGGGCUGGGUGGCAUGUAACUCUUACAUUGGGUGGCCACGUUCUCCAAAACACACACCUUUGGGACGGCGAGGUCUGUGACGUCACUCCAACAAAUUUGGGAAAAUGCUUUAAAAGUAACAGAAGUUUGGAAAACAAACUUCCAUCAGAUGCUGGCAGCAGAAAAACAAAAGCAGCUUCAUCUUUUUGGUGCAAAUUAUGGCUUUGCUUUUGUCGUGUUUUGACAUUUAAGGACGGCACUUGCAUCAGGCGCGUGCACACGUGCGCGUGAAAGUAAAUCUCUUGGUACCAAGGAUGCGUUGGCUUCUACGCUCGGUAACGAUUUAAGUGAAAGCGAAAGUCCAGAGAAGUGAAGAUCACAGCAGUUUCUGUCCAGUAAAAUGCUUAAAUGUGAAGUCAUUAUGCUGCGGACGCUGCAGCAGAUCUGAGACAAGAGAGAGGCGGAGGAGAGAGAGUUCCAUGUGUUGCUGGAGGGCUGUCAGGAGGGAUCCACUUUGAUGUGUCUGUCGGAGCAGCAUCAACAGAUGAGGGCGCCCAAAAAUAAGUGAGACCAUGUUGCGGGAAUCAGGCAGACACAUCGUCAAGCAUUGAUCUGAAAUCCUGAAACAAAAACGUGGCAAGCUGUUUUGCUAUUGUGGCUUUGUGAUGGAGCAAUCCAAACGGAGAUGGCCAGAAGUGAGGAAGAGGAGCGUUCAGCAGUUAUUUCCCACUCAGCCCCAUGAAAACAUCAACAGGUGACAGGUUUAUUUAUGGCUUAGUUUUGCACUCACACGCAGAAUUGUGAAGUUAUUUCAUGUAAAUAACCUGCAGGAGGAAACGUUUUAGGUUGAAAUCCAGGACAUGGUUCCAGUUAAAUCCAGCAGGAGGCUUCCAUCUAAAUGAGCUCAUCGUGGAUUUGGAAAAUGGAUUUCUGCAGCGGAGAUUACAUUUCGUUCGCUUCAGAAGUCUGUGAGAUCAGACUGACUAGAGAGUCGCGCUCCAGAACAGAAUCCAAAAUGGUAAAAAAAAUACAAAUUUUAUAUAUAUAUCUAUAUAUAUAUAUAUAUAGAUAGAUAUUGCUUUUGAUGAAAUGUACCUUUUUAAAGCAAAGGGAUCAGGUACAUGAGGGAUUGUUUAAAGUAUAUUCCAGGGUCAAAGGGAGGAGGGAUGUUUAUUUAUGUCAAGAUGUUGAUAAGUAAAUAAAUAAAAUAUGGAUUAUCAUUUUAAAAAAUCUCAAAUUAAGCAUCAAAACACGUGAUCCUUUUUCCCCCUAUUUCGACUAUUUUUUUUUUGGCUUCUGAAAUUACAUUGUAUUUUACUUAAAGCUACCAUAUCCCCCGAAUAAUCUCCGAUAACUUUGGCAUUUCACAGAUUCAUUUUCCCCAGCUAAUCCUUGCUGCUGACUGUGAUCCCGCUGUGAGGGAGUCACUCUCCUCUCAGCCACUGAUCAUGUGAUCAGCGAUAACAAAUGGGGCGGCUGCACUCACACACCACGAAGCUACACUUUACAUUCCAAGGGCUUUUCACAGAGACAGACCCCAGUGUCAACAUGAACCAUCACGCUCGUGUCUGCGCGUCCUGUCGUCCACGAUGUCUGUAAGGAGGACACACACACACACCUAAACGCCACCUCACUCACGACAGCUAUCGCCCACCAGACCUCAGUCCACAACCCUCAGCACUUGUGUCGAUAUACCUCAUUAAUCCUCCCAUUGUUUCGUUGGUUGAUGUACAGCACCGGAACACUCACCUGCGUCUGGUUAAUCCGCGUGUGACGGCGGCUUUUUACUAGGAUAACAAGCGGGUUACUGGCUGCUUUCUACUAU